GGAAGUGACGGGGGAUUGAAUGAAAAGUGCAGAACCGAGUUGAAGCGGGCGGGAGUCGGGGACUGAGGGAACAGCUGGGUUGGGGCGAGAUUGGCCAACCGGCCAUGCCCUGGGGGCUCCCGCUCUGAUACGCCGCGCGGCUUCUCCUGCACUGGCAGCGUUCCCAGGCUCUGUCCAUGUGCCCAGCGCGAACCGCUGGAUAGAGGCAGAUCCCCCUCGGGGGUCCAGCUCUCCCCUCUCUACCCCCAGUUCCAAACUUGGUACCAACUUCAGCCAAAGUUUGGCAACUCCUCCUCCCCCGACUCGGGCGUCUGGGGUGAGGAGGGGGCCCACGGGGCUAACAAGGGGAGCGGCUGACUCUGCUUCUACUGUCCCCGGGGAUGCGCUCCCUCGGGCGCAGAGUCCCGCAUCCUCCCCAGCUGCUGCUCCUGCUGCUGCUGAUCCCUGGGUUGCAGACGCCGGCUGGGGCGUCCUCGGGAGUGUCCGAACUGAAGGUCCGAGUGAGACUGCCAGAUGGCCAGGUGACGGAGGAAAGCCUUCAGGCUGACAGUGAUGCGGACUGCAUCAGCCUGGAGCUGCAUAAAACCGACGGGACCCUCAUCUCCUUCACUGCAGACUUCAAGAGGGAUGUGAAAAUCUUCCGAGCCUUGAUCCUGGGUGAGCUGGAGAAGGGUCAGAGUCAAUUCCAAGCUCUCUGCUUCAUUACAAGGCUACAUCGCAACGAGAUUAUCCCCAGUGAUGCUAUGGCUAAACUUCGGCAGAAAAACCCGCGAACGGUGCGUCAGGCUGAGGAGGUGCGGGGUCUGGAGCAGCUCCACAUGGAUGUGGCAGUCAACUUCAGCAAGGCAGCGUGGCUGAGCCCUCACAUCCACAAUGUGUGUGCGGAAGCCCGAGAGGCCAUCUAUACCCGUGAAGAGGACGUCAAAUUCUGGCUGGACAGAGGUGUCGAUGGCUCCAUGUUUGAAAUGCUGCCUUCACCACCCGCUGACCUCUCCAGCUUGCGGCGAUGUCGGCUGGUAGGCGACCGAUGGAAACCUUGCCUCUGUCACUACGGACUCAACUUAGCCUGGUACCCCUGCCUGCUCAAGUACUGCCACAGUCGGGAGCCUAGCGGCCGCCUCUCCUCCUACAAGUGCGGCAUCCGAAGCUGUCAGAAGAGCUAUAACUUUGACUAUUAUGUGCCCCAGAAACAACUCUGCCUUUGGGAUGAGGAUGCCUAACCCGGGCAGGGGCGCUGAGCUGGGGAGGAGUGAAAUGAGGACCCCUUCUCUCAGGAGCCUAGAAAGGGGUUACAAACCCUCCAUUCCUCACUCAUCCCAUCUGGAGUCUCAGGCCCCUUGCUCUAUGACUGUGAAAAGGGAUGAGGUUAACACGAGACACCCCCCCUUCUCCCCUUCCUACCCCCUGUUGCUUUAUUGGGGGUAGGGGAAGAGCCCAUUCUAGCCCCCUCCCUUUGCGUAUGUCAUUUUCAAGUAAUCAAAAUGUGACCAUUUCUUUUAUUUAACUCUUUCAAGUCUCAAACCUUAAGAACACCCUGUGGGGGUAGGGAGAGAGGAAAGGGAAGUGUAACAAAUCCUUUCUGCUCUAUCCCUCUUCCUCCCCCAUAAACACUUCUUCCUUACUUGGGAGGAACCCAUACAAAUCCCUUCCUCAAGGGGCUUCUGUUUGAUAGUUUCCCCUCCACACUACAGCAAGAGAACUUCUGGGGACACUCCCUUCCAAAGGUAGGACGGUGGGGAUAACAGGUGACAUCAGUGAAUUACUCAGAGGUACCGAAGGAAAUUGGAGUGAGGGCCAGAAAGGAUCACAAGCCAUAAUCCCCACCCCUUAAAAUCCAGGAAUAUGGGUGCAGGGGUCAGGUGGGGUGGGAGAGCUCUCCCCAGUCCUCCCCCUACCCAACCACAGUGCCUUUAUCUUCCAGAUCAGGACCUAGCCAACCAGUGUGAUUGCCAGCAAUAUGUUUUCCAUUUAAUAAGAUUAUUUUUGUAAGAAUGGGGGGAGGAGAAGGGAAGGGGUUGAGUUCCAGAUUUUUAAUGCAAAGUAUUUAUCAUUUGUACCAGAAAUAAAAGAAGUUUUUACUUUAUCAAUGCGAAUGGGUCAUAUACUUUGGGGUGGGGUCUCCCAUUGCUUCAUCACAUAUUAGCCAUAACUUUGAGCCAAUACUGCCACCUGGUGCUCAAAGCAUGCCAUGCAGGCCCUCUGCUGUUGGGCCAGAAAAGUUCAAGACUCAAAUAUUUUUUUUAUUAUUAUUAUUAUUAAAGUCUACUGUGUGCUCCCACUGAGCUAGGAGAUAUAUAGAAGAUACACAGGGAAGUAUAAUCAGAUGUCUGGGCUCUCAGUUUGAAAGAUUAUAACUAAUCAUAGCUACACAUUUAUAUAAGUGCCUCCUAGUUUGAGAUACUGUGCUAAAUAUUUUACAAUUGUUAUUUUAUUUGAUCCUCAAAACAAUCCUAGGAGAUAGAUGUUGUUUGCUGUUUGCUGAGGCAAACAUUAAAUGACUUGCCUAGGGUCACAGAGAGCUAAUAAAUGCCCAAAGUCAACUUGAAUUCAGGUCUUUCUGACUCCAAGUCCCAAGUGCUUUUUUCCACUACCAUCUAACCAAGUGCAUUACAAACAUUCUCUCAUUUGUGAAAGAACACACAACCCUAGGAGAAAGGUGCUGUCGGUAUCCCCAUUUUACUUCUGGAAGAAGCUCAUGAAACAGCAGUGUAUUGCUACAGAACAAUAUUCCAUUUAUUUUAAGCUCUCCUCAUAAGAGUAAUAGAUUGAGUUGGAAGCUAUUUAGACAUCAUUUUGUAGAGCAGCUCCUCAGGUAGACUGAGGUGAGCUCCAAGGUACAGAAAGCCCACAACUUGGUAAGUGGCAGAAUUGGAAUUUCAACCCAGUCUCUACCUCUAAAGGCAAUGCUCCUUCCUAUCAUUCCAUUCCUUAAGUGAUACCUAUUUGUAAAAGGAAAACUUAUAUAUGUCCUAACCCUAAAUAUAAAUUGUGCUAGUGUAAUAAACAUGUGAAACAUG